AUGGCGUCAGAACAAAUGCCGUGGUACUUGAACCAAAGUUCUCGCGCAGUUCUCGAGAAGUUCGGGUACAUUCAGCAGCAGGAGGAUUUGAGACUUCGAGAAGCUACAUUGAAUCCUGAGAGCUCAAAAUGGACUCUGGGAGUUUCGGUGAAUGGGGAAAACUACGAUCGAAACAGAUAUAUCAAUAUCAUGCCUUAUGAGCGUAACCGCGUAAAAUUGCAAGUUGAAACGGGCAACGAUUACAUUAAUGCAUCUUACGUCAAAGUGCAAGUACCGGGCGAAUCGCUCCGUUCAGGCCGCUAUAUUGCGACUCAGGGCCCCACAGAACAUUCUUGGCCCCAUUUCUGGCAAAUGUGCUAUCAGCAAUGCCCUGGGGAGAACGCGGUGGUGGUGAUGGUGACGCCAUUGAUGGAAUACCAUCGACUUAAAUGCUUCGAAUACUGGCCUCGCAAACCAGGAUCGCGCGUCGUUUCUCCUCGAGACCAGGGGUCUGAGCUGACAUUCGAGACAGGACUGGAAGUCGAAUACGUGGAUGCGGAGCGCGGAAACGACUAUACCCUUACAACUUUGAAAUUGGUUCCGACGGACCCACGUUUUCCCACGAAAACCGUACAUCAUUUUUACUUCGACCAAUGGCGCGAUUUGUCAAAGCCAGACGAGGUAGUACCGAUUCUGGAGCUUUCCAAGCAUUCGCACGGUCUCAGUUCACCUGAGAAUCCAAUUAUUGUGCAUUGUUCAGCAGGGGUUGGGAGAACAGGCACUUUCAUAACACUGGACCAUUUGUUCCACGAUACGAGGGACUUCACACAGUCUCAGCCUGUUGAAGGUUACCAGCACGAUUUGAUCGAGCAAAUUGUUCAGCAGCUUCGGUCACAACGGCUCAAAAUGGUCCAAACCCCAGAGCAGUAUCUUUUCAUCUACCAUGCUGCCGAGCUAAUCAAGCGUUUGGCAUCAUCCGACGCGAGCAUAUAA